CAGUAGAAAUGUAAAUUAGGUGUGUCCUGUGAUAUAGACGGUGUUCAACAGAAGAUGAACAUUUGAACUAAGGGAGUGAGGAAGCGUGGAGUCGGACUCAGUCAGCUGGUAGGGCUAUACAACAAGUGAACAGAACUACCUCACGUGAAGAGAGUUAGCGACAGUCACAAUUCUAGUGAUAUAGCUGUGGAUUGAUAUUUCACCUGGUCACCGCCAGUAGCAGACGACAUUUUUAACCUGAGUUACCUGAGCGCAUAUUGAGAUGGCCAUCCGAAAAAUUCCGAAAGAAGUCGAGCAGAUGUUUGAUAAAUACGUCACAAACUUCACUCGUCGACUGAAGAAAGACGCCGCUCUUACCAUGCUGGAGAAGGAGUUUAAUCUCUCGGAAGAGGAAGCCGACAUUAUCUUCGGAGUGUUCGACAAGGAUCAAAACAACGAGCUCAGCUUGUGGGAGUUCAAUCAGUUCUACAACACGAUUGGAGGAGAUGCCCACACCUACCUAGCCAUGUUCAACGAACUCCAAAAGGACCACAGUGGGUUUGUGGACAUCGGGCGUCUGUGGGAUGUCAUAAAAGAUAUGAAAACUGGCCAAGGCAACUCCUUAGAAGAGAAAGAGGUGGAGAUGUUUAUCAAGAGCACUGCUGGCCCCGAGAAGCAGAUUGAUCUGCCCAAGUUCAUCAACCUCUUAUGCCGAAUAAAGAUGUUCCGAGGCGGGGUAGAGCCCCACCAGUCAAGGAAUCAGCAGGUGGCACACUAGACUUCUGUGACAAGUGGACAUGAUUUUGAUUUUUGUGAAAAAUGCAUUCGAGGGCACGGAUCUGUUAAAUAUCACUGAUAUUUUGAGGUAUUUUUAAAGUGUAUUGGAUUUCUUUGACCGACUACAUUCGAACAGUUAGUUGAUUUCCUGGGAAACUAUUAGUUUUAUUGAGCAUCAGAUAGCUAUGCGUUUGAUUAAAGUGUAACUAUAUCUCACUACAAAACCAUGUAGACUGUAUAUAUGUUGUCAGUGAUCAAGAUGAGCUUGUCAACAACAAUAACCACAAUAGCCUGUACGAGAUACACACCUAACCAGGGAACCAGUUCAAGAUAGUGAUCACGUUCUUUAGCUGCCAAUUAUAUGUCUUGUAAUGUACUUUUACUUUUUCAUGUAAUGGGAUGGAGGUUGGGUGUCGUAACUCAUACUAUCAACUCGUUUUGAUCUCAGGUUAAGGUGCAUAAUAAUGCAAUUUCAACUGAUGCGGCAGAACACAGGCAGCAUAAGAUACACAUUUAAAGAAAUCGGUUAAAUGUAUUGCAGUUAUGAAGAAACAGGAUAUGUUAUGUUUGUUGCUGUUGCAUAUUUAACCUUCGUCAUUAAUAUAAAUAAUGAAGAUCGGACCAAGUGAUAUGUUGUAUGUUUUCCAAUCAUUUCAUAUAACAUGGAAGGAUUCCUGACUGGUAUAUAACCCUUAUAUUGACACUUGUUCAGUGCAUGUAUGAUACAAUGUGAUGCUAGUCUUUUGGUGACAGUGGCUUUAAGGUGCUGCUGCUGGGUUAUCUCCCAACAUAACAAACAGCACCUGGCUUGUCAAUUUGAUUCUGUCUCUACAUAUAUGAAAUGUUAAAGUAUAACCAUAGACAGAAACCUUUUCAUUAUUUGGUUGAACAUUGGCAAACACAAAUGGCAAACUGGAAUGUCAAGGGAGAUAACUUGUGUCACGUUGAAAUCAAGUGGUUCUGGUGGUUGUAGAAACUACAUUUAUUUAGAUUAUAACCUGCAACUGAAACCAAAUUAGUCUUUAAUGAUAUACAUAUGCAAAAAGUUCUUCACAGAAUGUUCUCUAAAAUGGACACAUUAAGAAACUUUCUGAAUACAACAGAACAACUGAUCCAGCCAUCAUACUUAUGAAACAGGAAAACAAUCAUGCUCAGUUUAAUGUUGACAAAGUUCCUCAGACAGAACAUGGUCUGUUCUGUUUCAUGUGCGAAACAGCGCUAUAUCUCUUAACCAAUCUAUAGACUAAACCAAGUCUGGUGGUUUAUUUCUUGCGUAAUCUAUAUAAAUGACCAGUCUAAAAACUAGUAUCGCUCGUUGCUGUGUUUGUCCUAUAUUUCCCAAAA